AUGGCUCUCAGAACAGUUCUUGUCACGGGUGCAACUGGCAAGCAAGGUGGCUCGGUCGUAGAUGCCUUACUGAAAGCGAACGCACCCUAUGAGAUCCUAGCCCUUACGCGGGAUGCUCAAUCUUCAUCAUCCAAGAAGCUUCAGCAAAAGUCUCCGAACAUCAAGCUAGUCACUGGAAACCUUGAUGCAGUCGAUGAGAUAUUCGAGACAGCCAGAAAAUCGACGCAGGCCCCAAUCUGGGGGGUCUACAGCGUUCAGGCCCUCGGCAAGAACGAAGAGAAACAAGGCAAAGACCUUGUGGAUGCUUCCAUCAAGAAUGGUGUAUCCCACUUCAUCUUCUCCUCUGCGGACCGUGGAGGUGCAAACUCGGACACAGAUCCGACAGUAGUCCCACACUUCAUCACGAAGCACAACAUCGAGCAGCACCUCUUCUUUAAGGCCAAGAAAAGUGGCAUGACGUACACGGUCCUGCGUCCUGUAGCUUUCUUCGAAAACUUGACACCGAAUUUCUUUGGCAAGGUCUUCACCACGAGUUGGGCGAUCAAGAUGCCUAGGGAAAAGAAGUUGCAAUUAAUUGGCACCAGUGACAUUGGGUUCUUCGCCGCUCAAGCGUUUCUCAAAAAUGACGAUCCGGUAUAUAAGGACAAGAGCAUAUCGCUAGCAAGCGAGGCAUUGUCUUUUCAGCAAUUCAAAGAAACGUUCGAGAAGAAGACGGGAGAGAAGCUUCCGAUGACUUAUCGAUUUGUUGCCGGCGCGUUGUGCUGGAUGUCAAAAGAGCUUGGAUAUAUGUUCAAUUGGUUCCGUGACGUGGGAUUUGGCGCAGAUGUUGAGGGAUGCAAGAAGGUGAAUCCGGGGAUGAAGGAUUUUGCGACUUGGCUUGAGACGGAAAGCGCGUGGAAGAAGGGCUGA